ACGAUUCCGGAGGCAACCUCGUGUUUAUGAAAAACUAGCGCGCAUCCGGUGACCGGUUCUCACUUCACUGGAGCCCCUCUUUUGCCGGAAUCCCAAUUUUCUAGCUUUGGUUCUGCUGCCGAGCGAUUCAGUGAUUCAAAGCCAUAGGAAAUGAAUCUCUACGCUCACGACCUCUCUGUUUUAGAUUUUAAUUUUGGCCUCCCCGAACCGUACGGUCAGCCCUUCUCUCGCCUUCGCGCUUCCUCCGCUAUUUCUUCGACUGCCUUCCUUGAUGACGACGAUGACGUUUACCGCCCCAGCUGGGUUGCAGUUAUUGUGUUACAGUUCCUUCUUGGACUUCUCUUCCCAAAUCAAAUGGUUCAGAUCCUGUGGUGUUUUACACGGUUCAAGUUGGAUUGCAAUCACCAGAAGGUAUCACCUCUACAAGAGAAAUAUUAAGAAGAUUUAAUGAGUUUCUAGAUCUAUUAUAUGAGCUCAAAAGAGCAUUUCCUAAGAAGCAUUUGCCUCCAGCUCCUCCAAAGAAGGUUUUGAGAGUGAAAAACAGUACGUUUCACGAAGAACGGAGGUCUUCCUUAGAGGAAUGGAUGGAAAAGUUGCUGUCAGACAUUGAUGUUUCAAGAAGUGUUUCAGUGGCAAGCUUUCUUGAGCUGGAAGCUGCUGUGAGAUCUUUUUUCAGUGAUGUUAAUCACCCAUCAGAUGAGGUUUCUUCUAAUAAUAUCAUGGUCCAACCAGUUCUGCUGGGAAGCUCAACUGUGUCUAUUGAUGCUUCUUCUGUUGCCUCCAGUCCACGUGAUGAUACUUGCUAUGGGGAACCUGGACUUGGAGAUUCAAGAUAUAGAGAUGAUGAGGGUGCAAAACUGGGAGUGCAUGAACCUGCAUUGGAGAAAGCUGGAGUAGACAUGGAAGAUAUUGUUGUAAGAUUGAACCAAGACGUGUCUGUGGGACAAUUCCUUGCAACAAAGGAUGAACAGGUGCCUGCAGAAUCAACAAUAACGUCAAGUUUAGAGGAGAACAAAAUUUUGCUGCAAGAGUUGGAUGCUUCAAGAGAGCAGCUCGAGUACCUGCAAAAACAAUAUGAAGAGUUUGUGGCAAAAUCAAAGGCAGAUGUUGAGUUGUUUGCCAAAGAAGUUAAAUCUCUUCGAGGUACUCAGUUAGACUUGAAGCAGGAGUGUAACCAAUUGAAGAAUGAGAGAUCAGAAUUAGAGAGGGUACUUCAAACUGAAAGGCAAAGAAUAGAGCAUGCUGAUGUUGCUAAUCAAAAGCUUCUGCAUGAUUGUGAAAUUCUUCACGACCGUCUUCAAGACUCUAGUGUUGACUUUCUCAUUGAGGAUGAAGAUAAAUUAAUUUUGGAAACUGCUUCAACUGCUGAUGAUGCUAUAGAUCUAUUGGAAUCAUCUGAUAAUCACAUUAGCAUUCUUUUAGCAGAGGCAAAGCUUCUCGCUCGGGAUGCCGAAGAUGCUGAUGGUGCAGCUGGAUCAGCCAAUUCAAAUGGGGCUGGUGAAGGGGCACCUGACAAAGCAUUAAGGAAGAUGUUAGCUAGUGUGUUUGUCGACAAUGCUCGAUUAAGGAUGCAGGUGAACUCUGUCAUCCGUUGUGCUCUAAAUUCAGACGAGACCACUAAGAAAGAUGAAGACGAAUCUCUCUAGGAAAAACUGUUCUAAUGAAGUCUAUAUAAGAAGACAGUGUAUGUCCUUAUUCUGUUGUUACAAGAAUUGGGGGAGCUGUAGGUUUUAAACAAAUGCAGCAGAUGUUGCCCAUAAUAUGAAAGGCCUAAGAAAGUAGGUCUGGAAAUAGGGAAUAGAUGUAUCAUUUUAUUAUUUGACAAAUAAGAACAGUUGUAGGAGACUAUAAAGAAGUUCCUAUUAGCUUAGCCUUUAGGCAUUUGAAGAUCGGUCUCACAUGUGAAGACUUUACUCUUGGCAAGGCAAUAAGAGUGCAAGAGCUUGAAUUUAUUUUGUUUGGCUUAAUUUGUGUUGGCCAUUUGAUGGGAUUUCUCAGAAAUUCAAAGAUUUCUAUGUCAUUCUCUUAUUUCAUUGA